AUGUUUUCAUCCGCCUCAACCUCCACCACCGCUACCGCUACCCAUAUUCGCACUGCCCGACUUCGGGUGCGGGGAUACCCAGCAGACUACGACGUAUACGAGUCCAAUGUGGCUGCCUCGAGUUCUCCCUCGCAGCAGGCUGGGAGCGAAGCCGCUGCUGGAGAAACUAGAGCACAUAACCCUCCCGGAUGGCCAGAUGACUAUCGCCGUAUCCCACCGCACCGGCCGAUUAAUCGGCAUCUCGACCAAAGCCAGCGAAGGGUGUACACAAGUCUUGGAGAGCGAGCAUUUUUGACCGCAAUGUUUACCGGAUUGGAAAUGAAUGUGAUUGCAAACCGCUUGUGGAAGGUCACCGGGGGGGCGACUCUCUGA